GAGCAAAUGGAAGAUGACAGGAACAUCGAAGUCACCUUGGAUAAUGAGAAUCUAUGGAAGAGUUUUAACCAAUACGUCACAGAGAUGAUCAUUACAAGAGCAGGAAGACGAAUGUUCCCAGCAGUGAAACUGAGAGUUCGCGGCCUCGAUCCAAAAGCGAACUACAUAUUCUUAAUGGAUAUCGUUCCAGUUGACUGUUAUCGAUACAAGUACCAUGCUAGUAGAUGGACAGUUGGGGGGAACGGGGAGGCGUCUCAAACAAAGCGAAUGUAUAUACACCCAGCAUCACCAUGCACAGGGGCACAAUGGAUGGAAAAGACGAUUUCAUUUCAGAAGCUCAAAUUAACAAACAAUUCAACGGACAAAAAUGGCUAUGCAAUACUCAAUUCGAUGCAUAAGUACCAACCUCGGAUACAUCUAGUGAAAACUGGCGACAUAACGAGGCUACCUUGGAGCAACUUUAAGACUUAUACUUUCAAGGAGACCGAGUUUAUUGGUGUCACAGCUUAUCAGAAUGAAAAGAUUACUCAGUUGAAGAUAGACAACAAUCCGUUUGCAAAAGGAUUCCGCGACGAAGGAGCUGGUCACAGAAGAACCUCUGCAUCAAAGAUUGAAGCAGGGUCACCGUCACCGAGUAGCCCAUCUGAAGGAGAAAGUGUCAAGGAUUCAAAGUCAGCAAUAGCAAGACAUGGAGAUGCCAAAGCGCAAGAAGAGGAUAACGUAAAUUGCAAGAGAGAUGCAGAUAUAACUAGCAGCAAAAAAAGAAAGAACCCGGAUGACGACUGUUUCAAUCUACCAGCUUCUCAAUUUGCUGACAAAAACAAUUUGAAGCGAUUGCCACAAGUUUGCAAACAAGAAGAUGGCCAAGAAAGAGUUGGUUGCGAUGAAAUAGACUUGCGAAUGUUUUCUAACAUAAUUUCGGCUAUACCAAGAAACUACCCUGACCCUGUACAGCUUGGGUACCACCAAAAGAACGAUUAUAAACCAAUGUUUAGUAAGCUACAACACUGCAGCGAGAAUAACAUGUACCAAGGACAGCAAUAUGUAUAUUAUAGUUCCUAGGGUUGGCAGACACACGUCAAUGUCGUUUUACUUCGUUGCGUGGCAAAAGCGUAUGAUCAAAGAUACCAUACGCGUUAGGUUCUUAGUUCCUGGAAGAGUACUGCUAAUAGGGUUUUACUUCCUUAUAUAACGAAUUUGAGUUAUCGAAUAACGUUCUAUUUGUGAAAUAAGUAGUUGCUACGUUCCUAUUAUAGACAGUUUCCUAUCUGGAUAAAUUUAUGGUCACUUUACUGUGGCCUUACGACAAAUGUUCAGUACAACUCUGUCAUGAAAUAUUGCGCUUUGGUUUUAUGUAGCAAUGGCAAGGCCAAUAUCGACGCUCAGAGAAAAUUUUGACAACGUAGGCCUUAAUAGUUGUCAAAAUAUGGCAUGACGCCUUCAACUUAGCUUCAACAGUAAACACAUUAGCUUAAUUUUACAACAGGUUAUGAAUCAUGUUGACACUUUGCUUGCAUCUUUUCAAUAAUAUCGUACAGAUAAUGACUUCAAAGAAAACGUCUUUAUGCUCAAGAAAAACGUUAAAGCAGAGUGUAUGUUAUUGUAAGUUAGUCUAACAACGUUUAAA